AUGGAGGCUCGGUGUCAAUGCGGUUCCGUGUCUUUCAAGACGCCCCUCCCUCAGCCGUUGGCUCUCUACAUCUGCCACUGCAGUGCGUGUCGACGACAGACGGGCUCUGCUUUUGGGACGUCGGCCAUCUUUCCUCGGUUCAACCUGCCAGAAACUGAUCAGUUGAGUUGUUACAGUCGACCAACUGAAUCGGGACAUCAACUCUACUGUUACUUUUGCCGCAACUGUGGUACUCGUCUCAUUCACUCGACGCCAACCAAAAACGUCGUCUCAGUCAAAGGAGGCUGCCUUGAAGGCCUCGACUGGAAGCGUGCCAUCCACAUCUGGACCAAGAGCGCCAUGGUCCCUAUUCCAGAGGGUUCUGAGACUCACUCUGAGGAGUCAGGCUUCACCGACUACGGAACGACGCAGGAGGACCUAGAUCAGCCCGGAGACCUCGUGGGUAGUGGAGGGUGCAACGACCCCCCCAAGAAGAGCGAGGACGUCGUUGUGGGUGGUUGUGAUUUGAGCGGGUGA